AUGGCUUCACGAGCAACUGUCCAAAAGUACAGCAACAAAUCAAAUCAUUUAGGAACAUACUUUUUGAAUUUAUUAUUAAUAUGUGACUAUGAUAUGUAUAAAAAACGAGAACCGAUGGCUUUCAAAGAGCUACAGAUGGAAUUAUGGACAAAUGUGGAUAAUAAUUAUUUAAAAAAAUUAACAAACCCAAAAAUAAAACUAGCUAUUUCUGGAAUGAUUUAUCCAACGCGCGAGGGUAUAUUACCUGAACCAAAUGUAACAAACGGCGAAAAGUACUACAUCAGUAACGAGACUUUGUCCAAAGUGAGUAAAUGGUUGAAAGACAACGAAGGAAACUUUGAAGACAUUAAAUACGACGCAUUUGUGUACGUGGCAAGUUCGCCGCUGAAGCAUUAUGAUGACGACAGACAAAGAUAUGUUAAUGACAAUUAUAUGACAGCUCCAUUUGUCUGUCAUUACAAGAAUAAUAAGAUAAGUGAAGCGACUAGGCCUCCUGGAGGAAUUUUUUAUUAUAAUAAUGAUAGAGACAAAUUUGGUAUUAAUAAUAUUUACGGCGCACACUUUAUUGCUGACGGAUUUGGAGUUCCAUAUGAUCAAGAUGUUGGAUGUGAAGGCGGUUAUGUGAUGGACAAUUGGGACCGAAAUUAUGAUUCUGCCUGGUCUGGAUGUUCAUUGUCGGCUUUUCAGAAGAUAGAA